GUUCUGUGAUAGUAAUAAGAAAUAUAAUUAUAAAUAUGUCUCUGACGAAAGUGAAUGAGGAUUUAGUGCGAGAGCGAGAAAAAUGUACUUUCGACGUGAAAGAGUUGACGCACUAUUUCGACGGAGGCGAAGAAAUCACUUUGAACAGAAGAAAAGUUGAGGAGAUUAUACUUUCUUACAAGGAACUCAAAGACGAGGUCCCUGAGGAUUAUUUAAGUCACAAGGAGCGCUACGAGAAUGCCAUCAGGAAAGCAAUAUUAGUGAAGGACAUACGCAAAAGACACAAUUUAGACACACCCCUUAUGCCAGAAAAAUAUGAAGUGACGUAUGUAAAUACUAUUCUGAAAGGAAUAAUUAAAGACAUAUCACCGGUAUAUCUCCAUGAUACUAUGUUUCUUGUAACAAUUUGGGGCCAAAUGAGUCCGGAACAGCAGGCCGAAUGGAUGCCUAAAGCUAAGGAUUUGAAGGCUAUUGGAACUUAUGCACAGACUGAACUAGGGCACGGUACAUUUCUGAGAGGUCUAGAGACCACUGCAACGUAUGACCCUGAAACUGAAGAGUUCGUCUUGAACACACCCACUCUGACGGCUUACAAAUGGUGGCCCGGUGGAUUGGGACAUACUGUGAACCAUUGCAUCGUCGUAGCCCAACUAUAUACUCAAGGAAAAUACCGUGGUUUACAAACAUUUAUAGUUCAAAUCAGAGAUCUGGAGACACAUAUGCCUCUUCCAGGCAUUCAUGUGGGCGAAAUUGGCCCUAAAUUUAAUUUCCAAACCGCUAACAAUGGUUUUCUUGGUUUCAAAAACUUUAGGAUACCCAGAAAGAAUAUGCUGAUGAGAAAUGCACAAGUUUUAAAGGACGGGACAUAUGUAAAGUCUAAAAAUGACAAAUUGACAUACGGUACUUUGGUCAUUGGAAGAGUAAAUAUUAUAAAUGAUGUCGCUAUCAACUUAUCAGCUGCUGCGGUCAUUGCUGUACGCUACUCGGCCGUCCGACAUCAGUCGCAGCUGAAACCCAAUCAGCCAGAACCUCAAAUUUUGGACUAUGUGACUCAGCAGCAUAAGAUCUUCAUUAGUAUUGCUACAGGCCAUGCCUUUAGGAUCGUAGGUCGGUGGCUUUGGAACACCAUGAUGCAAGUUCUUCAAAACAUUUCAGAAGGAAAGAUGGAGCAAUUACCUGAGUUACAUGCCAUAUCCUGCUGCAUGAAGGCUGUUUGCAGUCAGGAUUCAGCAUCAAGCAUUGAACAGUGCAGGCUGGCGUGUGGUGGUCAUGGUUUUAUGAAGUCUUCAAACUUACCACUACUUUAUGGUCUCACUACUGCCUCUAUUACAUAUGAAGGUGAAAACACUGUGCUGAUGUUACAGACGGCAAGGUUUUUGCUUAAGACAUGGAUGCAAAUACUAGAAGGUGAUACAGCGUUGACUCCAACUGUUUUGUAUUUGCUUAACUUUGCGAAACCAACUGACUACAGAUGGGAGAAUACACCUCAAGGACUCAUAAAAGGGUUUCAAGCAGUUGCUGCUGGGAAAAUUAAAACUGCCUACGACUCCGUGGUGAAAUAUGUCAAUGCUGGUAAUAGUCAGCAAGAUGCUUGGAACCUGGCAUCGGUACAACUAGUGGCCGCUAGUGAGGCUCAUUGUCGUGCGGUUCUUUGUGAAAUAUUCUCAAAUGAGAUCCAGCGCGCGUCGAGCACACUCUCUCCCAACUUGUCCAAAGUCUUGCAGCAGUUGGUUGAACUGUAUUUGGUGUAUUGGGCUUUGGAGAAGAGAGGUGAUAUUUUGUUGUAUUCCACAAUAUCAAAAGACGACAUCGCUGCAUUGAACAAAAGAUAUGAAGAGCUGCUUGCACUGAUCAGGCCAAAUGCUGUUGGGCUCGUUGACGGCUUCGAUCUUAGAGAUGAGGUCCUAAACUCGACGUUGGGCGCGCACGACGGGCGCGUGUACGAGCGUCUAUUUGAGGAAGCCCUCAAGAGUCCCCUCAACGCGGAGCCCGUAAACAGCUCCUUUCACAAGUACACAAAACCAUUUAUGGAGACAGCUAAACUGUAAUAUGUUUCAAUUGAUUCCGUCUUUUUAUUUGUUUAUUAAAUAGGUAUAGGGAAAAAUUGUUAAUAUAGUAAAAUUAUUAAAGAUUACUUGUGAUGUAUACGUACAAAACAGUAUGGUUGUAUUAAUUAUGUGAUAUUACUACAAAUAAAAUUGUAUUACAAAAUAUGAAAAUACUUAAAUAAAAUAUAGAAUUUUUAAAUUGUGUAUUCAAUUAAAAUGAUCUUUCUUACUGUUUUCAGAAGAUUUUUUUUAAGAAAAAGAGAAAUGAUAUAAAAAAUCUUAUCAAAGCUAUCUUUUUUUAAUUAUUUAUAUAUAAUAUAUAAAUUAUAAGAUACUACACUAAGUGUUGUAAGAUCACAUCACUAGUGUAUAUGGGACAUCACUAGAGGUGGACACGGAUUGGUUGAUUAAAUAGUAUUGUAUAGU